UAUCCAGUGAGACCGGCCACUAUGCCAUACGAUGAAGUAGAGGUUAUUGGAGUGAGGAUGAAGCCAAAACAGCAGAAGGUGGAAUUGGAGCUGGGCAUCAACACACGCAGUGUAAACUAUUCACACAGCAAGGGAGAGCAGAUAGCACUGAAUGUAGAUGGUGCAUCACGAGGGUCUGAAAGUGCCUACUUUGCCAGUGGUAUCAUGGACAAGCAACUCCUGGUCUCCUCCUCUGUCGGCAAUGCUUCGCUGCAGUAUGCAGCUGCUGUCUUCAGAGAUGAUGAGCUCCAUCUAACUCCUGUCCAAGGUGUCAUCCAGCUAAAACCCAACUUUAACUACUUUGAUAAAGCUGACAGUAAAAUGAAAGAGUCAACAGCUGAUGAUGGUGAGUCAUCGCAGGAGGAAGAUGAGGCGAAGCCUGUUAUGGUGAAGUUUGCGAGAGCCGAGUCGGAGGCUGCGAGAGCAAAGCGGAUGCAGUCAUACGAGUAUCUGCAGCAGCAGAAGACAAAAGAGGCAUGGCUGGAUCUCAACUACCACACAAUUAAUGCCGAGCUCAGUGAGAUGGAGAGGGAGCAGCUGUGUUCAAGGAAAACAGAGGUGGAGGCAUCUGAGCUUCAUCUCAACCAGAGACAAUACCUGGCGCUUCUGACCCCUGAACUGGCAAAGGAUGCGAGUGUGAAGCCAGCAUUACCAAAUAAUGUGCUGUCUAUGACUCAGUUAAAGACCAUGCCUAUGGGUGAUCAGAUCAAGGCUCUCCUCCUUAAUGCUAAAGUUAUCCGGUUUACUCAGCUCAUUCAGCUGUUACCACGUGAUACAGACCCCAUGUCAAUAUUACGAUCACUCCAGCAGGUUGCAGUGCUCGUACAGGGGUGUUGGGUGGUAAAGAGUGAAAUACUGUAUCCUAAGGAUACGUUCAGCUCUCACAGUGGCGUGUCUGCAGAGAUUCUGUGCAGAGCCCGAAAUUUUGUGAUGUGGAAAUUUACACAAAAUAGAUCUGUAACGAGACGAGAAAUUACCUCUGUGAUUAAGGUAAGUCAGUAG